GAGGACGGCGCACGGAGUCUCCAAUUUGAUCAACACUUGUGAUUCUUCCAACAACCUCUUCGAGGUGAUACCACCAAAGUACCAUGAGCUGGACAGGGUUCAAAAAGUCAUUGAAUAGGGCGGGUACAACGGUCUUGCAAAAGACCGGGCAGAUCGAACGCACAGUAGACCGUGAAUUUGCAGACGAGGAGUCCAAGUACAGAGCCUUCGAGAAGGAGUGUCAGGUGUUGCAGAGGGACGCCAAGCAAUAUCAGGAUGCCAUGCGCUCGAUGACAACCACACAGGCACGUUUGGCUGAGACCGUCGAGACGUUCUAUGGCGCUGCAGAUCGUACAUCGGAUGGAGCUAUGGCGAGUCACGCCUUCAAGAGCGCUGUGGAGGAGCUUGAUGGAGGCAUUCAAAGGGAACUCGACGCUCCUUAUCGUACAACCAUCAUGGAGCCCCUCGGAAAGAUGAACGCUUACUUCCCCAUUGUGAACGAACAUAUCACGAAACGGAACAAGAAGCUCCUGGACUACGAUGCCGCACGCAGCAAACUACGAAAGGUGAUCGAGAAGCCAAGUGAAGACCCUACAAAGCUUCCAAAAGCACAACAAGAACACGACGAUGCCAAAGAGGUUUUCGAGCUCAUGAACGACCAACUCAUCUCAGAGCUCCCACAGCUCUUGGAUCUGCGCAUACCAUAUUUUGAUCCCAGUUUCGAGGCUAUGAUUCGCAUGCAAUGUAAGUUUGCUGAGGAGGGAUAUGAGAAGAUGAGUGCUGUACAAAGGUAUUUUGCGGACAAUGUGCGAGAUGAUUAUGCUGCAGGUCAGCUGGAUGCACAGGUCGAGGCAGUCUUGCAGGAAAUGAGAGAACUAUCCAUCUGUGGGGCGAACUGAUCCUUUCACUUCAUUUCAUGUAUACUAUGUAUACUACGCUGUUCAGGUAGAUUUUGCCUUCGGACGAUAUGGUAUUAAUGCGUGUAGAACCGACCUGCACAUUCUAUGACUGUACAUUAAGAAGACUAGUGUACAACGAUAUUUUGGCAUGUGUUGUUGGCAAGCGUAGUAGAUCGUGGUGACCGUGUAGCCUCAGUCGUCUGAUGGAACGUCAUGGUUAAGAGUUCC